GGCGCUCCGCCUCGCCACGCGCCGCGCGCCCACCCGGGAGCGCAGCUCGGCAGCGGUGGCCUGCGCGUCCCGUCGCGGCCCGGGGCUGCGGGGCAUGCGCUCUGCGGCGCCGCCGCCCUCCCCCGCCCUUCCCGCGGCAGAGUUAUGCCAAGUAUGUGAGGAGCCCGCGAGGGCCAGCGCCGGUCAUGGGGAGCCGCCGCCGCCUCCGCGAGCGCGGCUCGGUCCUCUCCCCGGGGCGGGGACGAGCCUAGUCGCUGAGGCGGAGGGGAUGGCAGACCCUCUGAGGAGGACGCUGUCCCGGCUCCGGGGGAGGCGGAGUCCCGGCGUCGCCGAGGGGCUUCGGCUCCCCGCGGCAGCGGCAGCGGCGGCUUCCUCGACCGCCGAGGGAGACGCCCGGGGAGAGCACGUCGGUGGGGCCCGGCUGAGCCCGGGGCGGACUCCGCCGUCGCCUCAGGCGUGGGGAAGCGGGGCGCGCGUCCCGGGAGGGCGUCGGGAGCGGUCGGGGGCGCUCCGGCCACCGCCGCGCGGCGGCAAGGAGGCUGCUCCCCCGGGUCGCGGGCUCCCCCGCGCCCCUUCGCACGCCGCGCCGGGCUCCAAGGGCAGCGGAGAGGAGGAGGACCCCGACGAGGACGGCGCCGACUAUUACGAGAACCUGCCCGGAGGCUCGCAGUCCGCGCCCGAGCCUGACGGGGCGGAGGCGGAGAGGUGGCCCCCGCCUCCCCCGGCGGCGGGCUCCUCCCCGGGGGCGGAGGGCGGCCGCCUGGAGACGGGCAGGCUGCAGACCCAGUUGCGAGAGGCCUAUUAUCUGCUGAUCCAGGCCAUGCACGACCUGCCCCCUGACUCCGGCGCGCGGCGGGGCGACCGGGGCUGGGCGGAUCGCGGCUGCCUUGCGGGAGUCCGGGCUCUGGGCCAGCCGCCCUCGGCCUGCGGCCCCUCGGACAGCCGGGCCAGCCCCCGACACUGGGAGCUGGGAGGCGGCGACUGCCCUUGGCAGCAGGUGUCCCCGCCCCGGUCGCCUCCGAACGAGUCGGGGGGAGGCCGCCUGCGGACUCCUCGAAUGAGGCCGUCCUGCAGCAGAAGCCUCGAGAGCCUCCUGGUGUGUGCAAAGCCGCCUCCCUUCCAGCGGUGGCCGAGCGACAGCUGCAUCAGGUGCAGCGCGCGCGAGGACCUGGACGAGCCCCCGCCACGUGGAGACUGGAUGGACAGCUGGAGUGGAGGCAGCGCCCGCGCCGCGGUGCCCUCUGGCCUCCUAACUCCCGGCUCCAGGGAUCUCCAGGAUUUAAACAACCUCGGUCGCUCCUCGGGAGGUCCUUUCAGGGAUCCUGCGGGGUCCUCAGUGUUAGACAGAGGCAAAGGAGACUGCCAGGAGGGGCUCCCCUUCCUCAAACCGCCGGCGGUGACAGUCAAGAAGCUGCAGAAGUGGAUGUACAAAGGACGUCUGCUGUCGCUGGGAAUGAAGGGUCGCUCCCGUGGGACACCCCCAAAAGCCACGGGAGCUCAGGCAACCUCUCCAAAUCUGAGCGCUUUGAAAAUGCAUGAAAGCCAAAGAAUUACCGACCAACGAAUUACGUUGACAGAUUUAUUUGAAAAUAUCUAUGGGUCUUCAAUGAAGAGAAGAGAAAUCGAAGAUCUGAAGGAUAAUAUUGGAUUCAGAGGUCAUAAGCCACUUAAUAGCAUCACUGUGUCAAAGAAACGUAAUUGGUUAUAUCAGAGUACUCUGAGAUCUUUAAAUUUGGAGGAAGAAAAUAAGAAAUGCCAAGCUAUAAGUCAUUUAUCCAUCUCACCUGUUCCUCUACCUAAACAUCAGCUAUCACGACCUUUCCUCAAAUCAUCUGAAGAAUAUUGUACAUAUGUGGUGUGUAAUGCUACAAAUUCUUCAUUUUCAAGAAACUGUUCUUUAGACUUUAAUGAGGAAAAUGAUGCAGAUGAUGAAGGAGAAAUAUGGUACAACCCCAUUCCUGAGGAUGAUGACUUCAGUAUAUCGAAUGCCUUAAGUUUUGGCGAGGCAAACCCUGCUGUUCUGAAGUUGCCUGCUGUCAGCUUGAGAGUAUUGUCUGGUGGUGACCUAAUGCAGGCAGAGCCGCAAACGGAAGACUUGCUGUGCUCUUCUGAACACGUGGAUGGUGUUCAGACCACACAAUCAAAGAAAAGGAAUCCUGCAGAUGCUAUCCAUUCCACAGGGUUUGUGCAGCAAUACAGGCAAAGGCUUGGACACAAGACACAAGAAGGUAUGAUGGUAGAGAAGAGUCCUAUUUUGAAAUCUCCAUCUGCAGGUCCUGGGAUUCUAACUGCUACAAAUAAGACUGAAUUGGGAGUUAUAGAACCAUCUUCUCCAAUCCCUAGUCCUAUUAAAAAAGGCAGUUCAAUUAAUUGGUCUUUGCCAGAUAAAAUAAAAUCUCCACGAACUGUGAGGAAGCUUUCCAUGAAAAUGAGAAGAUUGCCAGAACUUAGCCGAAAACUGAGCGUUAAAGGAACCUCUAAUUAUAUAAACAGUCCAGAUAAUAUUCCUUCCUUGUCUAAAUGUAAUUGUCAAGAAAUUCAUCAUGCUAUUAUUUUACCUACUGGGAACACCACCACAGCUGCUAAGAGGAAUGUUAUAAGUCGGUACCAUCUUGACACCAGUGUAUCUUCUCAGCACAGCUACCAGAAGAGAGCCUCUAUGAGUUCUAAGUAUUCUUGCAAAGGUGGUUACCUCAGUGAUGGAGAUUCACCUGAACUUAUAACUAAAUCUAGCAAACAUGGAUCUGAAAACAAAUUUGGAAAGGGAAAAGAAAUAAUUCCCAAUAGUUGUAGCAAGAAUGAAAUAGACAUCGAUGCUUUCAGACAUUACAGUUUUUCUGAUCAACCUAAGUGUUCGCAAUACAUAUCUGGGCUCAUGAGUGUGCAUUUCUAUGGUGCUGAGGAUUUAAAACCACCUCGGAUAGAUUCAAAAGAUGUCUUUUGUGCUAUUCAGGUAGAUUCAGUAAACAAAGCAAGAACAGCUUUGCUCACAUGUCGGACAACAUUUUUGGACAUGGAUCACACUUUCAACAUAGAAAUUGAAAAUGCACAGCAUUUGAAAUUAGUAGUAUUCAGUUGGGAACCCACUCCAAGAAAAAAUCGAGUGUGUUGCCAUGGAACUGUUGUUCUCCCCACCUUAUUCAGAGUGACAAAGACACAUCAACUGGCUGUCAGACUUGAACCUAGAGGUCUUAUUUAUGUGAAAGUGACUCUUCUGGAACAGUGGGAGAAUUCUCUUCAUGGACUGGAUGUAAAUCGAGAACCAGCAAUAUUUGGUGUUGAUAUUCGAAAAGUUGUAGAGAAAGAAAAUACAGGUUUGAUGAUGCCACUCCUGAUACAGAAAUGUAUUACAGAAAUUGAAAAGAGAGGCUGUCAGGUAGUAGGCCUAUACCGAUUAUGUGGUUCAGCUGCAGUCAAGAAAGAACUUCGAGAGGCUUUUGAGAGGGACAGCAAAGCUGUUGGUCUGUGUGAAAACCAGUACCCGGAUAUAAAUGUAAUAACAGGUAUUCUUAAGGAUUAUUUAAGAGAACUUCCUUCUCCUCUGAUAUCAAAGCAGCUUUAUGAGGCUGUGUUAGCUGCAAUGGCAAAACAUCCUUUGAAAAUGUCACCAGGUGGUUGUGGAAAUGACUCUAGUGACUCUAAGUACACCACUGACCUGUUGAAUUGUCUGCCUGAUAUUGAGAAGGCAACCCUAAAGAUGUUGUUGGAUCAUUUGAAACUGGUGUCUUCUUAUCAUGAAGUGAAUAAGAUGACCUGCCAGAAUUUGGCUGUGUGCUUUGGACCUGUGCUGUUAAGUCAGAGACAAGAGACUUCUACACAUAACAACAGAGUCUUUACUGAUUCAGAAGAACUUGCAAGUGCUUUGGAUUUUAAAAAACAUAUUGAAGUUCUUCAUUACUUACUUCAGCUCUGGCCAGUGCAACAUUCAUCUGCCAAAGAAUCAACAGGCAGUUUGUUCCCAGAGAAGCCUUCUCUAAAUUAUUUGAGGCGGAAGAAAGAACGACCUUACAUGUUAAAUUUGAGUAGUACUGAUUCAUCAGGAGUACUUAGGCCAAGACAAACCAGAUUAGACAGUCCACUUAGCAAUCGUUAUGCAGGAGAUUGGAGCAGCUGUGGAGAAAACUACUUUUUAAAUACAAAAGAAAAUUUAGAUCAUGUGGAUUAUGAUGAAGUCCCUUCAGAAGAUAGAGAAAAUUGUACCAAAAUGUACGGACCAGAUAUAAUGAUUGAUCAGCCAGUUCCCAUGUCCAAAGAGUGCACAUUUCAGACAUAUUUGACAAUGCAGACAAUUGAGUCUACAGUGGAUCGAAAAGUCAAUCUCAAAGAUCUACAAGAAAGUAUUGAUACUUUGAUUGGAAACCUGGAGCGUGAGCUCAACAAAAACAAGCUUAAUAUGAGUGUUUGAGAUUGAGAGUUUUCAUUUGGUUUUUCAUGCCUUAACGUUUCAAAUCAGUCUUUCUCCUUUUCUUAUACCUCUCACAGUGAUGCUUUUAUUUUUUUACUUUUGAAACCUUCAAUUAAUUUCUAACAAGUAUCUGAUUCAAUUAAAAACACUGUUCAUCAAUAUAAUUUUUGCUUAUGUAUUAGAAGAUUUUUGUUGGUGUUAAGAUAACUUGGACUUCUUGUGGAUAUUUUAAAUUUUCCCAUUUCUACAGAGAUAACUUUUAAAUGCACUUACUGGGUUCAUGUAAGUUAUUAGCCUUUCAAGAUUUUUAUACUAUAUAGGAAGUGCUCUUCUGUAGCUGAACUAGAUGUUCCUUCUAGAGGAAUGUUGCAGCUGAGUCCCUGUAUGCUGCGACAUCAUUUGGUUACAUUUCAUUUGCAAUGCAAAUGCUGCUAUAAGAAACCUUUUAUAAAUAAAGUUAUAUAAAUAUUAACAUUCAAUAAAUAUUUAAGCUUAUAAAAAUUAAAUAUUUUUAUAAUCCUAAAAAUACGUAUAUAUUUAUAAGUGCAUAUAUGUGUAAGUAUUAGAGUAGGGGGAGGGAUUGGCUACAAAAUCACAUCUAUCUCUGAAGAAUAUAUGUCAUGAGGCCAAAUCAAUAGCUUAAAAUGUCUUUUUCAGGGAAAGAGCAUUCAUGUUAAAGGAGUUGCUCAGAAACACUUAAACCAAAACACUAGAAGCAUCUGCAUAGACAUAAUAGACUUUCUUUUUCUGUCUUGCAGAAAGUCACACUCUCCCCAGGAAGAAGUCAUCUUUUAAAUUGAAAUCUUCUAACUUCUUAAGGGAUUAAGUGCCCAGAUUUCUGCACUAGUGACUUAGAUUAAAAAUAUCUUCACCUAUUCUAUGCAUUUUUAUGUUCUACUUUUUAAGACAAAGUAAUUAUACCUAUAAUGUAUUUAUUUGUAGUAGUGCAUUUAUAUUAUUGACUUUAUAAUUACUCUCAUUUGUUUCUAAAGAAAUCUUGCCAGCAUACCACAUAGUGAGUUUUAAAAAUUAACUCAUUUUGGCUAAGUAUGUCUAUGAGAUAGCCAUUAUAGCAAUCAUAGCAGUGCUUGAAAAUGUAAAUUAAAAAGCUUUUUUUAUUAAAUUGGAAUGUAUUUUUUAAAUAUGUAGCCACAGAAUGUGUAAUUUCAAAAUUAUAAAUAAAAUUUGAAUUACGACUUAAAAAUGUAGCAGCCAUUAAAAAAACUGACUCCUUUAUAUUUCUCUAAAUAUUAAAGUACUUAACUAUUUCUAUGUAAAAUACAUUGGUUAAUGGAAUACCUUGUUAUUUAAUUUGAAAACUCAAUUGUUAAAAAACCAGGUAUGUAACUAUUUUAUAUGAAAUUUUCAUUUUUUAAGGCUCUGUAACAAUUCAGAAGAAUGCUAAAAGAAUAUGUGACAGGUAUAUAUAAUGAGUAAACAUUCAAAAGAAAUGUACUUUAAAUAUUUUGUAGGAAGACUCUCAGUCUUCUACCUCUUGUUGCUGUAUCAUGUAUAUCAUGAAUAUUGUAUGAAUUGAAUUAAGUUGUUCCAAAAAAUGUAAAAGUUUAAUUAAACUAUUUUAACCUUGUU